AUGAAGGCAAUUCAAAGCAACCUUAGAUUAAUAAAUAAAAAUAUAGGUCUCAUUCUAAAUUCGAGAGCUUGCUUCUCAUCCAACUCAAAUCUAUCAGAAAGUUAAGGAAAGAUAACUUAAAGAUCUAAUGAAGAAAUAAUAAAGGAGUAUGAAAAGCUAUUCGAAUAUGCUAAGGAGAAUCUCGUUUAUAAAUGUGGAAAUCUCACUGAUAUGCCCAGUAGGUUUGGCUUCCUUAAGAGAUGGAGGCAUGAGAAAUAAUUAAACUAUAAUAACUGCAAGCAUCCAAUCUUUCUAUAUGCUUAUAGAGCUUUUAUUGAUGCUUUAGGAAAGCAUGAUAUUCAGACUGUAUCAAAGAUGUGUGAGAAGAAUUUGUUUCGGAAAAUUGAAAAUAAUUACAAACAAGUUAACUCUCUUAACUCAAGAUACUUCUUGAUUGAUAAAAAUAUUUAAAUGAAGAUGAAGCUUUUGGAUACUAAGAUCGUUGAAGGAGUUUACUUAGAUAGAUCUAAAAAUCUCUCAUCAUCUUAUUAUGAUGUGAAAGAAACAAAUGAAAAAAUAAAUUACAUUAGAAAAACAAAAGCCAUCCUUGGAAAACCAGCUGGAAUAGAUUUUGAAGUUAUGCUAAAAGAUAGAAAGCCCUAAGGAAUAAACACAGGGUUCUAAAGUGAGGGUAGCUAAAAUUAGCAAUCAAAUACUUUUAAAGAAGAGCUUUCUAUACUGUAAUUAGAUAUAUAAUUUGCAAGCAACUUGAGAAUAGGGAUAUAGCAUAAUGAUGAUGAAAACUUAACGAUAGGUGCUCCUUUGCAAUUCAAUAAAGAGUUUGAAAAGCAUGUUUUGAGAUUUGAAAGAUAUAUAAAACUACCUCAAGAGCUACAAGUAAUCAGAGAUAAGCUAAAGAAAGAGGCUAUGAAUGAUAUGAGAAAGCUAAAGGAAAUGAAGGAUGAAGAAACUCUGAAUCCUUGGCUUAUUACUGAUAUUGAUUAUAUUAUGGAUGGAAAUCCGUACGUUGUUAAUUUAAAAUGA